AUUUAUGAUUUAUAGAUUUAAUUGCGAUAAUGUGAUAGCUUUUUGUGUUUUGUUCGAUUCCUCGUGUAAAGGGAAAAAAAUUGAUGUUUUUAGAGAAAUAUAGGACAAGGGAGUUGCUAUCAUCUGUUCUUAAGGUGGUUGAUUUAAUGUGCAAGAGAGGAUUGGGUAGAAAGUUAAGUACUUUUUUCAUGAUUUAAGUCAAAAAGCUGACAAAUUUCGUUAUUCUAUCCGCACGGCAUGGUUUGAUUAAAGAUCAUGAUGAUUGUUAAGAGCGCUGAAUCUUGUCAGUGUGGUAUAGGGAAGAGUACUGAUCUUGUCAGAGUGGUAUAGGGUAUCUUAGAUACCUAAAAUGUUCCUCGUUUACAAUCAUUGUCUUUGAUGUUUCUCAAGCACAGCUCCACCAGGAAGAAAAUUUUCAUGCUUUUAACAGAUGUGAAAAGAUGAUAGUAAAUUCAAUUGUUACUUAAUAAAAAUGCAGGAUAAGGAUGUCAUAUUGAAUCCAGGGCAACAGUUCUUCAAAAUAUAUUAACGUGUUCAAUGUGCUACAUAUUAUAGGGUUAUUAAAUGCUUAGAUUCAAAUAAUGGCUAUUGUGUAAUGGAAUCCAAAGGUCCCUGUCCCAACAGUGAGAUAAUGGAUUUUAUCCAUUUAUUGUGCAGCUUCAUGCAUUUCUUUUUCAGUUUCUGCCUUACGUUUUGUAGAAAUUUGUAUUUUGAUAGUCUUGGACUUUGGUAGUACAUAUGUUUUUCUAUUAUAUCUUGUGCAAGGUUAUCUUAUUUGAUUACAGAAGGAAAAAAUUUCUGAAUAUAGUGUGCGUUUGUGUAUUAUACUGAUUAACCUUUUCCUUGCUUGCUUUGAUGCGGUUUCACUGCAUGUGCGGAUAUGCAUUGACAGGGGCCUUUCUUUCAUGAUGGAAUGAAAGAGUGGAGUUGUUGCAAGAAAAGGAGUCAUGAUUUCAGCUUGUUUCUGGAGAUUCCAGGAUGUAAAACAGGUAAACACACAACUGAGAAACCAGUGUUAGCAAAGGCGACUCCAACUCCCACCCCAAAGAAUCCAUUUUCUCCUCCCACUGCAGCUCCUGCUACCAACUCAUCCUCAAAGGAAUCUUGCCCUAGAUGCAAGCAAGGCUUUUUUUGCUCAGAUCAUGGGUCACAAGCACAACCCAAAGCUGCACCAGCUAAAAGCUAUGCUUCUGCUCCAGCAAAAAAGGUAGUUGAUAUAAACCAGCCCCAGACGUGCAAGAAUCAGGGAUGUGGUCAAACUUUCAAGGAGAAGGAUAAUCAUGAAACUGCCUGUAAUUACCAUCCCGGGCCUGCUGUUUUUCAUGAUCGAAUGAGAGGGUGGAAGUGUUGUGACAUCCAUGUAAAGGAGUUUGAUGAAUUCAUGAGCGUUCCACCUUGCAGCAAGGGCUGGCACGAUGCUGAUCCAGCAUCUUAAACUGCAGGUGUUGGUCAGGAUUGUGAAUUUCUUCGUUCUAUUCUACGGGGUUGUUCUACUGGAAUUAACUUCUAGUGAAUCCAUCACGUUUGCUUUCCCAUCAUAUUGUUGUGACAUUGACCUUCAAUGGUUUUUAAAGAAGAAACCAGGACAGGAAGAUCUUCCCUUUUGACACGAUUUAGUCUAUGAACUUGCAGCAUUUAUCCUUCAGUGAGCCAUGAAAUUAGUAAGGCUCAUUUUGUCUUGAAACAUGCCUGCGUAUUUAGGCUAUUCGUGUAUAAAGAUUGGUAUUUUGUGGAUUAUCUUAAACUUGAAUUUCAAUGGAGAAACCAUUAUAUCUA